AUGGCAGUACCUUCUACUUCAUUGGCAAGAAGGACCACGAUUCCUGCCUUGUAUCUGACCCGAACCUCCACAUCAAUGCAUAUUUCAUUGGAAAGCGAAAUGAAGAACCUAAUAAGGGACUUUACUCGAGUCCAGCCCAUUGUUAUCCUCUUUGCCAAACACCAACGUAACGAAGUGGAUGGUGUGCUGGGCCAAACGUAUAGACCAGGAUAUGGGAGUCUUGUAAACGUGGGUGCAAAGAUGGCUAUAAUGGGAGGAAACAAAGAGUUUGUAACUUCAAGCUUAUUCACCCCAGAUUGCACUGUAGCCCGGUUCAGUGGUGGCGCAGGCUUUGACGGCACGGGCUAUAUGGAAGGUCUUGAGUUACCAAGCAUGAGAUGUGGAAGUGAGACCGAUGGUGAAGGAUUUGUAUGCAAGAGAGAGGCUUAUCAAUUAGUUAUGAGCCGUAAGCAUUAA